AUGAAUAGAGUUCAACUUUAUCUAUUAAAGAGAGGUGGUACUUUAACAACAUCAUCAUCCUCUCUUUUACAAGCUUGUCAAAGUAGUAGUAGUUAUAUAACUCCGACUGCUACUACCGCUACUACUACUACUACUAGUUCAACAACACCAACAACUAUUAUAAAUAGAAAGAUUACAAGAUCAUUGAAUAAUAUAAAACUACCAACAUCUCUUAUAUUAAACAAUUCAUUUAAUAAUCUUUUAAAAUCACAUAAACCUAUUUAUUCUUCUUCUUCAUCAUCAUCUCCUUUUGUAUAUAAUCACCUUAAUAAUAAUAAUAGAUAUUUUGCAACUAAUAAUAACAAUAAUAACAAUAACAAUAACAAUAAUAAUAAAAAUGAAAACUCUUCUUCCUCUUCCUCUUCUUCUUCUUCUAAUUCAUCAUCAAAUUCAUCAAAUUCAAUAAUAAUAUAUACAACAAAAUUAAUUGAUAAGAUUAAAUUUAUAUUAACCAGACAUAGACCAAUAACAUCUGAUCAAAUGUUUGCAAUAUUUAGUUGGCUGUUAUUUGGAACGGGAUCACUUAUUAUUUUGGGUACUACGACAUUGGUAUCUUUAAUCUUGUGGAUUGCCAAUACAUUUGAAUUUUCAGAAUGGACCGCAAAAAAGAUUGGAAAAUAUCUAACCAAUAAUACGGGCAUUCAAAUUACAUUUGAACAUGCAAGAGGUGAAUGGAAAACUGGAUACAUUAGAUUGGAAAAUGUAACGGUCUCUAGAAAACCAAAAGGAGAUGAACGUCUAUCAACCAUUCAGCUAAAUAUUAAACACAUUGAUAUUAAACUCAGUAUUCUUUGGAUGUUGGAAGGUAAAGGAAUCAUUCAAGAAUGUCUUGUAUCUGGUGUUCGUGGUAUAUUUGAUAGAAGAACUGAAGGUAUUUUACUAAAUUAUUCUUCUGCUACUUAUCCAAGAAGAAAAAAAUCAAGAGGAGAUUUUGUAUUUAAUAGAUUAGAUAUUAAAGAUUUAUUGGUUACAUAUUAUUUACCAGAUAUGACACAUAGACCAUUGUCAAUAUCAGUAUUUAGUUUGGAAAGUGAUAGAUUUAGAAAACAAUGGAUUCUAUAUGAUCUAUUGUCAAGUAAAAAUAUUGUUGGUAAAUUUGAUGGAUCUCUAUUUACCUAUACCAUUCCUCAAUAUGAAACCACUACAUCUUCACAUCUUAAAAGUUUUGAUCAAAGAGAAUUAAAAAUCGAUGGAGUCAACAUCCAAAUGCUUUCUCGCAAUGCAACUGGACCACUUGGCUGGAUUAAAGAAGGUACCUUUGAUAUUAAUCUAAAACUAUUAUUACCAAACUUUUCAGAAUCUGAUAUUUUAACAACUGAAAUUGAUACUCUUGAACAUGGUAUCAUUCCAAUUGAUAAAGACCCAUUUAAAAAUUUACAUUUAAAUUUUAUGGUAUCAUUAAAUCAUUUAUAUUCUGUAGCACCAAUAUAUACACCAGAAUUAUCAUAUAUUAGUAAUGCAAUGGCACAUCCAAUUGUAGCCUAUAUCAAUUCACACUCGAAACGAAUUGAUUUGCAAUUUGAUUUCUCAAUGAAUGUACGUCAAUACAAUGGUUCAUGGACAUUGAGUCAAGCCAAUUUUUGGGAAAUGAUGAGUAGUGCCGUCGGAAGAGAAUUGGUUGCACGUGUACAAGAAAAGAAAAAUGUAACAACACUCAAAGAGGUUGCCUCUGAAUUGAUUGGUGAAUUUAUAGAUUGGAUUGGUCCCAUCAUUGAACAACAUAGUCAAGAAUAUUAUCAACUUUUAAAAGAACAACAAGAUCUUAAAAAUCAAAGAAUCAAAUAUCAUUAA